GAGAGAGACUCUGCUGGGAAGUAGAAACCCUUUGAGAAGGAGGUGUGACUCAGCCGUGGACGGAGGAGCGGCUCCUUCACGUGUGGAUGGAAACUGCUGGAGUUGUGGAUCACUCAGCCGAGUUUAUUGAUUACAGCAGCAGUUCGUAGACUGACCUUAUCAGCUGAUUUAAACUCUCUUCACAUGACCGGGAGUCUGCUCUGAUUGGAUCAGUUGGAGGAUUGGAAGCUUUGGUGACGAAUUUGAAGCCAGAUCAAGUGAUUUCAGGUCUGAUCAGACGCCUGAUUGGGUGAAGCCUGAUUGAAAGGUCUUCCUGAUUUGACACCUGGUUGUCUGAUGUCACACUUGAUUGGCUAGUGGAAUCCUGGUUGAUUAAGUGAAGUGCUCUCAGCUUUGACACCUGACUGGAGGCCCAGGUGAUUGAUUGAAAGUCUGUCUUGGAGUCUGUUUGGUUGGUGCCAGGAUGAGCGGAGCAGGGGAGGUGGUGUGUGAGGGCUGGCUGAGAAAAUCACCACCAGAGAAGAAGCUACGCCGCUAUGCGUGGAAGAGACGAUGGUUUGUGCUGCGAAGUGGUCGGCUGAGCGGAGAGCCAGACGUCCUGCAGUACUUCAAGAACCAGCAGUCCCGGCGGCCAAUCAGGACCAUCAACUUGAACCUGUGUGAACAGGUUGAUGCCGGCCUGACGUUCACAAAGAAGGAGCUGGAGAGCAGCUUUGUGUUCGACCUGAGGACGGAGGAGAGGACGUGGUACUUGGUGGCCGAGUCUGAGGAGGACAUGAACCGCUGGGUGUCCUCCAUCUGCCUGCUCUGCGGAUUCAACCCGACUGAUGACGUUCCAGAGAGACCUCCUGUCUCCGGCUCGUCCAUCAUCCCAGCGAUGACUCCGACCAGCGGCACUGUCACCACAGUAAUGGGGUCUCUCCCACCUCCCUAUGAUCCUGUGGGUGUGCGAAACCUCGAGCACGACGGAAAUGCAGAAGAAGAUUACCUGUGGUUGUCGCACUGCCAGAGUCACAUUAGGCCUCCUUUAGGUUCCUCCACCUCCCUUGAAACCGACUACAACGACAACCUUUACCCACCUCCCUCAGCCACCUCCUCCUCCUCGUCCUCUUCCUCCUCUCCUUCCCUCCUUCCCAACGGCCUCCCACUUCCAUCCUCCUCUUCCUCCAACUUUAGGACAGCCCCUUGGACGGGUCCUCUCAGCCAGUCUUUGGAUGUCAGCACGACCUCUGACCUCCAGAGACGAGCCGGCAGACCUCGCUGUCACCCUUCUCCUCACCCCAGGAAGCACUCCCUGGAUUUCCACCUGCGACCCGUGGCGAUACCUCUCAGCGAUGAUACACACUGCACCGUGCAUCCCAAUACGCAGUCGUUCACCAACAGUGGUUACCAGAUCCCUCGACCGGCGUCCACCACGCAACCCAGACCCCCUCGCCGCCCAUCCUCUACCCCGAGUGUGGACUCCCUGACGCAGGCAGAGCUCCACGCCUCCACUCCGACCCCUCCUCCGCGCCCGCCCAAGCCCCAGAGCAUCGCAGCCCAGGGAGAGAGCUCAGCUGUAGGCAUGUGGCCCGCUACGCUCCCCCGAUCCACCUCAGAGCCAGAGAAGAGGGAUGGAUGCACGGAGGGAGGUCUGCCGAGGAGCAACACUAUCACUGCGCCAGGACGCACACAGACAGGUUGUGACCCUUUUCACAUCCCUCGGUCUCUGUCCGACCGAGCGAGCAUGUUUGAGUUCAGCGAGAGCUUCAACAGUUACUUCUUUAAUAAAGGCAUGGUACCUCUGGGUAGUGUUUGCUCUGAAGAUGAUGACGUGGACGAAAACUACGUUCCCAUGAGCGCCGCCACCACUGAGCCUCCUGUUGCACCGAGGGUGCCUCCACAUCCUCCCUCGGACCCCUCUGUCCAGCUGCAGGAUGGCAACUACGUCCCCAUGACGCCCCUCACCCCGUCCCUUCCCACUCAUCCCACCCCUGCCACAGCUGACCUGGCGUCCCUGGGGAGGCAAGUCCCACCACCCGCCCACAUGGGUUUCCGCAACUCCGCCCUGACUCCCGUCGCCCCCCUCACCCCGCCGCUCCGAAGGAACACCACGAACACUGCAGGUGGAGUGGAGGUGGAGGCCAUGCCGCCUCCGAUCCACCGUAACCUGAAACCACAACGUAGAGGAGUUUCUGUCAGUCAGCCUGCAGAGAGAACAGACGCCCAGACUGCUGGAGAGUCGACAAACAAGACAAGAGUGAAACCAGCUCCUCUGGACAUCACUCCAGCGCAGCAGGACUGGCAGGAGGUCCCGCCCCCUGUGCGCUCGCCUGUCACUCGAACCUUCACGCGAGAUCCAUCCAGUCGUCGGUCAGUCAGGCCGACCUCCGCUCACAGCUCCUCCCCCUCCUCUGACUCUGAUGACCCCGAUGACAGCUACGUCGCCAUGACGCCAACCUCAGGCCUCAGCUUCAGCGCCGGGGAGCAGUCUCUGAGGCUCAUGCUGCACCGGGCCUCAGAGGGCGGAGUCAGCAGCCCGUUGCUACGGCGAGCCAGAGGCGACAAACAGGUGGAGUACCUGGACCUUGACCUCCACACUGGGCGGGCAACACCAACAAGACAGAAACGCUGCACGGCAGAUGGAGCAGGUGGCGACGGCGAGCAGGCCGCAGCCGGCGAGGAGCGUGCACGCGGCGAGCGUACACGUGUGGACUAUGUGGUGGUGGACCCCAAAAGAACCAAGGCCCUGAGGAACACCAGAGAAGCAUGGCAUGACGGGAGGAUGUCCACGGAGAAAGAGAAAUGCUAGAGAUGUACACACACACACACACACAGGCGCACUGUUUGAAACCAGCAAUCAGAGUUACUUCUCACUUUGCUUUAAAGUCAUAAAUCCUCUAAGUCUUGUUUCUAAACAUCCUAAAAUGUCGGUUUAAAACUCAAAUGCAGUCAUUUGACAACAAAAACAAUGCCAGUGAUAACAGCUGUAUAGAGAAUGGAUCGGCGAUCAUGCAUCUGCAUAAUUAAAUAAUUGACAUUUUCAGAUGUGGUCACUGAGGAAAGAGAUUUUGCAAAGUACAGUUUUUGUUUAUGGAACGAAAUAGAGGAAAGUUUGUGUGCCAAUAGAUUCAUCCAGAGCAUGAUGAACAUGGUUCUACAUCAGCAUAUCGUUAGUAAACAUUAGCUUUAAUCCAGCUUCAGUCGCCAGAGGAGAGCGUCGGCAUUGUGUGUUUCUGCAAACCUUGGAUACUUUACAUUUGUUUCUAAAGUGACAUAGAGCAUGAGCUGACUUUGUUAUCCACAGGUGGAGGGGACGGUGGAUGGCGUGACACCUACGUGAGACGCCUGCCAAGCUGUAGACUACUUUAAUUGUCAUGUUUCCAGUGGCAUUGUAGUGGGUGAUUUUUAGCGACUCAAUGCUGUUUUCCCGCCAGGAAUAAUGCCACAAAACGUGGUUGUGUUUUACCAAAACAUUGCUCCAUUUCAAGCCGAGAUAGUGCCACAAAAAAGUGUUUUGCUUUUAUUUUUUACAUUAAGACAUUGCUGUGUUUCCAGCCAGGAUAGUGCCAUGGAAAUUGAGUUGUUUUUUACAGAGGCAUCGUCGCGUUUCCAGCCAAGAUUGUGACACAAAGCACAAUUCAUUUUUAUAGCGGCGUUACUCGUUUCUAGCCGGGAAAGUGCCACGAAAAGUGGUUGCUUCUUACUGAGACAUCACUGCGUUUCUAGAUGGAAUAUUGACUAAAAGCAUGGUUCGUUUUUACAGAGACACCGUUCAUUUCUCGCUAGGAUAGUGCCACAAAAAGCGUUUUUUUUACCAAGACAUUGUUGUGUUUUUAGCCAGGAUGGUGCCAUGGAGAAGGAAUUGUUUUUUAAUGAGGCAUCGCUGCAUUUCCAGCCAAGAUAGUGACACAAAGCCUGCUUCAUUUUUACAGCGACAUCGCUCGUUUCUAGCUGGGACAGUGCCACAAAAUGCUGUUUUUUUUUAACCAAGACGUUGCUGCAUUUCAGGCCGGGAUAGUACCGCAAAAGGUACGCUGUUUUACAGAGACAUUGCUCAUUUCUAGCAGGAAUAGAGCCACAAAACGUUGGGGUUUUUGCCGAGACGUUGCUGUGUUUCAGGUCAGGAUAGUACCACAAAAAGCCUGUAUUUCAGGCUGGGGAAAUGCCAUGAAAAAGCAGGGUAUUUUAAGCCGAAACAUGAUCUUUUCCUAACCAUAACCAAGUGGAUUUUGUGCCUAGACCUAACCACGUUAACCACUGCAUUGUUGAAAUACAAAGUGACGUAAAGUUUCAGCAUAUUCUCUACAUUAUAAUGUACAAAUGUGACAUAUACGUGGGUUUGCAGAAACAAACAGUGGCGACAUUUUUGCUGGUAAUUGGGUUGUAGCCAAAGAGGAUUUCAACUCCACUUGCUGAGAUUUGAUUUAACCAGCUAGAUUAUUUCUUCUGUCAGAGCAUCUUUGCCUCUAAGAAAUGUUGUAGAAAUUAAAUAUCACAGGUUUGACACUAGUUUCUAAGAAAUGACAGUCAGUACAGGUAAAUCCAGCAUCAGUUAGAGCUCUGAACAUCAUGUUUCCUGCUGAAGUAGUGAAAAGAUGGGCGACUGUGGGACGAAUGAGAUCUUCUGAUGAUUAACAAAUCAGAAUAAUUAUCAGUGAUAAUUUUCUUGUGUAAUCAUCCCAGCCGCUUCAUGUGCAGUGAGUGAUUGUGUCAAAUCGAAUCUGUGAUGUCGCUGCUGAAUCAUGUCAUUGAUUCUGUGAUUACAGUCAGGACUGUUCAAAAGUAAAUAAAUGAAUAAACAC